ACUCCACUCCGCAGUUUGGAAGACGUUCUCCGAUACGCCGAAAGUUCGUUUCGGUAGAUCUGAAAAAGGACUUAAUAUUCGUCCGAGGUGUUUGAUAAAUUAAAAAAUCGCUAUAACGGAUUAUAACUGCUUGUCAACGAUGAUCGUCUCGCGUGUGAAAAUGUGGCCGGUGUACAAAUCGUACGACGAACGUAAAAACCCGGUAACUUCGUCCGAGUCGCAUCGAGUUUACUGACAGUGGCGGCGUCUGUUUCUUUUCUUCCUUUUUUCGCUCGUUAUCGAGAGUUUUUAUUUGUUUGUUUGUUUUUUUUUUUUUCUUCUUCUCUUCAAUUUUUCCGCGGGCUGUCAACGCUUGUCGGUCGGGUGCAAAAUUUGAACUUAGCGCGAGUUUGAAUUUGCGUAAUGAUCGCUAUCAAAAGUCUAACUCGAGUUGGCUGGAGGGGCAGGAUCAGUGAUUGAAAUCUUCCGUCUACUGUUCGCGACAGAUGUGCUUGCGAUAUGACGACCAUCAACUAUCGUUGAAUAAAGUCGACGUUGAGAGAGAUAUAUAAAAUGAGAUAAGAAGACAACGGAACUACGACGACACGUGCGAUUAUCGCCGAUUGUUUCAAACCCACGGUACGAUGAUGGAGAAAAAAAAUUCUUCAAACAGAUCAUCGUCGAAGAUCUCAACAUUUGUUUGAUGAAAAAGCGAAAUAGUGAGAUCCACCGGGUUACACGGUAGACCCAAGCCUUUGGUGCGUUCACCCUUGUUUGUGCGUCUAAGAAUAUCUAACCAUCACGGGACCGUCUUAAAAGCGUUCGUUUCUUUUUAUUGUCAGUUUUUUCUUUUUUCUAUUUUUUGUUCUUCACGUUAAUCUUAUUAUAUUUUUUACUCACCGAACUGUGAGCGGCGAUCUAAAAACAUGGUAACCGAUAGCGGGUUCGUUAACCAAGAAUCUUGAGGAUGCGGAUUAGAGGAUUUCGGUUUAAAAAAAUUCACGAGAGAAUGUGUGAAAUUCUAACGAAAAUGUGACUUGUUCAAGUGCCAAUUGUGUCAAAACAUAAAAUUAAUAUGGUGGUUUCAGUUUGACAGUGAUAUUUUCGGGCCUAAGAAUAAAUCGCAAUCAAGCCCCGCUGUGAGAAAAAAAACAACAAAAAAAAACAAAAAAAAUAAAAGAAUCCGCCGCUGACGAGGAACGGAAUAUAGAGGGAAAAAAGAACACGGAGAGAAUCUGUGAAUUUUCAGUUUGAAACAAAUGUCCAAGAUGUUGAGGCUCGAGUUAGUAGGUCUUGUCCUUUUGGCAUGUACCCAAAUACUAACGGAGCAUCGAGACUUUCAUAACUUUCAAAAUCAAUACGGCCACCAAAGCCGGCACUAUGAUUCUUACGAGGAUCAAAAAAUGACGCGAGAAGUGCGCGUUACUCAGGGGAGACUUCGCGGCUUCGUCGUGCAGUCGAGAAGACACCAAAAUUUACAGCCGGUCGACGUUUUUUUAGGGAUUCCUUACGCGGCGCCGCCCUUGGCUAGCCUGAGAUUCACCCCCCCACAGUCCCCGAGACCUUGGAGCGGGGUUCGUCAUUCGAAUUCAUUCGCUCCCGUCUGUCCUCAAGUACUUCCGGAUCUCCACAUGGAAGUAACACCGGGUCGUUACGAGUAUCUCAAGAGGCUGCUUCCGUACCUGAGAAACCAGAGCGAGGACUGCCUCUAUCUCAACAUAUACGCACCCCAUCAAUCGGAAGGUCAGCGUGGACUGCGGAGAUUUCCGGUGAUGGUGUUCAUCCACGGUGAGAGUUUUGAGUGGAACAGUGGAAACCCGUACGACGGAAGUAUGCUGGCCAGCUACGGAGACGUCGUUUUUGUCACGAUAAAUUUCCGGUUGGGUAUCUUAGGUUUUCUCAGGCCUGGAACGAGCGACAACACAUCCAGCAAUUUCGGACUUCUCGAUCAAGUGGCGGCUCUUUUAUGGCUGAAAGAAAAUAUCGCCGUUUUUGGUGGCGAUCCGAACAGUGUGACGUUGGUCGGCCACGGUACCGGCGCGAUAUUCGCCAACCUAUUGCUCAUAAGUCCCGUGGCUAGCAGAGGUGCUGGAUUAUUCAAACGCGGUAUUCUGAUGUCUGGAUCGGCACUGAGCGCAAACGCCAUUGGAAAAGCACCUCUACAGGUCACAAAACAGGUCGCGCACGCUCUGAAUUGCCCGACAGGUAGCGACAAAGACUUGGCAAAUUGCUUGCAGAAUCGACCCCUCGAUUCCCUCUUGGACGUACGGAUUGAUAAGCCUCCACACGUUCCGGCUUACGCCCCGCUGACAGACGGCGCGGUCGUACCGAAGAACCCCUGGGACUUGAUGAAAAGCACCGAGAUAUUUGGCAGGUACGAUUUGAUGUACGGUGUUACGGAAUCGGAAAAAUUUCACGAAUUACCACCAGUUGCCUUGUUGCACGGCUUACUGGACCACGAGAGGGACAAGUUUCUGCGAGAUCACGUGAAGGCGACACACGAACUUGAACCGGAAAUGGUAUUGUCGAAACUCCUCGAGCACUACGGUGGUUAUUCGAGUACAUUUACGAACGAGUUCGCGUUGAAAAAUCGCGAAAUCGUGCUCCAGGCGUUGUCCGACAGCGGAACAGUCGCACCCCUCUUGUUGACUGGAAAAAUGCACGCCAGAGUGAACCCGAAGAGCUACAUGUACGUUUUCUCUCACCCGAGGGCGAUGCAGGACUAUUACGGACAGCAGCAGCACCAGCACACGGUCCACGGGGAGGAGUUGGCCUAUAUCCUCGGAAUUCCGGUGGGCGGAGGAAAGUACCAUUUACAAGACAGAUAUAACAUCGGUGAGGCAUUGUUCUCAGAGGCGAUGAUGACCUGGUGGUGUAACUUUGCACAUACAGGGAAUCCCAACGCCCCAAGAAGAUCAACAUUCCUGACCGAUGGACCAAAGGAGUGGUUGCAGUACGAGCUCGACUGGCCGGAAUACGACCCUGAAAACCAGACGUACUUCAACCUCACAAUUCCACCGGAAGUUGGCUCGCGGUACAGAGAAGCGGAGAUGAAAUUCUGGAAUGAAGAUUUACCAGAGCUCAUCAGACGUCCGAUCGUUGAACCUACUCUGGUGCAAGCGACGCAUAAACCAUUGCGGAAUAGGCCUGCAAUUUUGGACAUUGCGGACGGCAUAACGGAAUACCCUGGCCAAAGCAGACCGGGUAUGGAGUACGGGUUUGCCGAGACGCACCGAGAGGGUGAAAUGAUGAUAGGAUCAACGGGAACAAUGACCAAAGAUGGGUCGAAAUUACACCACGGAGUGGUACUGCCCGACGGAGUGGCGUUGGACAGUACCGUGGACGUUGGAGAUGUUUCAACGACGCCGGAAUCCAGUACGAUUAAAAAUUCAUCCGCGUUAUCGUUGGUCAUCGGUUUCGGCGUUGUAUUUCUGCUGAUCAAUCUGAUGGCGUUUUUCUAUCUGUAUCACAAACGUCACAAUUUGAAGACCAAAGAGAAGAGCCUCAAGAGACGUCUCAGUCAAAAGGACGACGGAUCGAAACGUUCUAAAAUGGACAAACAGACAGCGGAGAAGAAUCUAGAACUGGGUAAUAAACACGACAGUAGACCCGACCUUAACGAGGUACUCAAAAACGACAAAGCCUACGACAACAAUUCGAAUUUCGGACGGCGUUCGAAACUAUCGAGGCAAAAUUCAACCUCCACCAUCGACACUCACAUCAAAGUCAGAGAGUGGAUUCAGCAGGAAAUUGUCCACAGAUGUUCACCGAGGUUUCUCCGUAAGACGCGAGAAACCUUGCAAAAGGAGCAUCAAGAUAAGUUGAGUAAACAGCAGGAGGAAGAAAGGAGAAAAUUGCAGCUUGAGAAAUUGAUGAGUAGAAAAGAGGAACCGAUCUACGAAGAAAAUCCGACCAUCGUCGUUCGUCCUGGUAAAAAGUUGAAGACGUCCAGAGUUCCGAAGGUAUCGGUGGCCAUAGAUGCGACUCCAGCUACCAGAACUGAGUCGGUAUUAAAUCAAAUACCAAUCGAAUUGGCCCAAGGCGAAAAGGAACCGUUCGCGAAUCGAUCCGACGGAGUUCAAUCGGAGACGCCAGAUUCGAGCUCGAUACUGACCACUCCACAGGUUGUCAUAAUCGAACAUCAUCACUCGAAAAGCGACCCCAUUCCCAUGAUCAGCGCGAUUUACAAGCAUCCGAAGAUCAGCGAAUCCGAAUCCGGCAGUGUGAACAGUUUGUACGCGAGAGCGAACCCGAAAUUGAAAUCCAGGUUGCCGAGAAUAGGAUCGCCCCAAAGUUCCGAGGAACUGACCACCGCGACGUCGAGUUCUAAAAAUACCGGAAGUGACAACCUGUACGAUCAGGUAUCUCCUGAGGACAUAUACGGACAAACAACGGCUCCGAAAUUCACGACAUUUGGGAGCCAGACGAAAGGUGACGACAUAAACGUCACUUGUCGCGAACCCACGGAAGAAAGAGAUUCCAUCAGUCCCGAGGAAGCUCUGAAAACUAUAAAACGUCGGAAAUAUCCGAAGGUCCUACCGGACAUUGAGAAGAGAAGGUCACUUCCGGUGCCGAAUAGCCUAUUCAUCCCGAAACAGCACGGGAACUCGCUGAAAGACCACAAGAAUAAUUCACAGCCGAAUUCACCCGUCGGUCAAAUUCUGCCGCCGCUUCCUCCGCCCCGAGUUUUCGGUACUUCGAAAAGCUUGGAUCUCGCGGAAGAGGAAUCAUCGUCUCAGCAAGAAGCCGAGCCGAUAACGACCAAUCUUCACGUGGGUCCGCUUCUCAAACGUCAGGAUUCAACAGCCAGAAACAACUCGGAUCCAAAUUUACUCGAGACGUUGAAACGCAAGGAGAGUCACGGAACGGACAAUGCGAAGAUGAAUCAAUCUCAAAGUUCCGGAAAUAUCAGCGCCAAUAUUUUGGGGAGCGCGAAAGGGGAUUCUUCGCAAUUAUCAGCACCGAGUUUGAACGAGGCGGCGAGUUCAGCGGCUGGAAGCGUAAGGGGGCCGGUCAGGAUCGUGGGUAAUCCGAACUGGUACAGAUCAAAGGAUUCUUUGAGUGCAUCUCGACCACACAAGAUUCCCGCAGGAUCAAAUGUUGCGGGACCGGACGUUAGCAUAGGUAAUCCAAAUUGGUACAAGCCGCUGGUAACGGCCGCGUGCAGCCGCAGCGAUGGCGAUAUUUCACCAACGGUUAUCACGAUUCCACCUGUCAGCGAGACACAAACGGCGAUAACAACAAGGGAAACUAACGCCGGUAAACCUUUCACGUUCCUGGGGGAUGGUAAUUUGAAGCAAAACUCCGCCAACUCGGUUAACAGCGGUGAAACUUUAACAAACCCCUACCAGCAACAACAAAAUUGGGAACCGAAAGGACCCGCGGAGCCGAAGAUCGUUAUCACACCUAGGGUGGGCAACCUCCUGGGACAAUCGGGGCAAAGCUUGAGCCACAAUUUGUCAAAUAUCGCGGGGGGUUCCGGUCGAAAGCUCAUAGACGAAGGUCACAAGGCGUCGGUAUCGCCUAUGGCGAAUUUUCAGUCACUCGCCGCGCAAGAUUUUAAUCCGUCGGCGGCAUUUCCGGUAUCGGAACAAAGGACGAUAGCGGUGGUUCCGAAGGACGAAGUAAGGGAACCGAAGAUAAUCAUAACACCAAAUAAUUCGGGUAACGUAGUCGCGAAUUUGAAGCAACCAAAGAUAAUAAUAAAGCCGUCGACGAACCCUCAGAAGUCGAUCAGAGAGAACAAAAAUAUUCCGAAAGUAUCGGCGAUACCGUCGCCCGAGUGUCAGAACCUUCGAAAUACGGAACAGCAGCAAACGUCGCAUCAGGACAAAAAGAUAAUCGAUCUCGUCAAAGAUCAGACGGCGGCAGCGGCCGUACCAACGACGGAAAAACCGCUGUUGAAAGAGAAGCCAAACGUCACGAGAAUACCUUCGUUUUCGAAGAGGAAUAAAAACGAUCAGCCGUUCAAACUUGAGAAAUCGUGGAGCCCGGCUUAUCCCGAAAAAGCGGAAAUCGUACAAAAGGUGGACGCUGUUCCAAUUAACAAAGUCACCGAAGUACCUCUCACACCCACUAUGGACCGAAAGACCGGGAUCCCGAUGUUCGCUAAAAAAAAUAGCGAGAAAUCAUCGAGUACCGAUUCGUCGAAUAGCACAACGAAUUCCAAUACCGGCACUAUAAAAAAACAACCCAAGUAAAAACGAUGGUGGAAAAAUAGUGAAAAAAAAAAGCAUCGCGUAAAAACUGUCCGACGUGCGUUAUUUUUUUCAUAAUUACCACUGUCUAAAAGUCGUUAGGAUCAAUAUUUCCAUUGAUGAACCUACAACGAUCGAUAUCGCACGACCCAAAAGUUAGGGUUGCUUCAGAAAAUAUUUUAAGUGCAGUCACGUUAUUACGUACGUUAGUAUUUAGUUAUAACUGGUCUACAUAUUUAUUUGUCAACGUUUUUUCUACGCGUUUUAACUUGUAAUACGAUUAGAGAAAUGAAUAAAACUUUUUCCAGA